AUGAGUAGUAUUAGUCCUCACCACUUUUUGGAUAGUCUUUCAGAGGAGGAUUCAUUGUGUUUAUUUGUUAAAUGGGCAUUUAGGGAAGGAGCUGAAAGAAGGUAUCCAGAUUUGAUUGAAAUUGCAAAGGACAUCACCAAAAAAUAUCAUGGGAAUCCUUUGGCAUUGGUAACACUGGCAAUUUCAUUGUUUGGCAAUGUUGACAAACAUAAAUGGAUAAGUUUGAGAGAUAGUGAGAUCUGGCAAGACGAAAAUCGGCUUGCAAUGUUUGCUCUGUUCUCUCUUUCCCCAAUCAAUUAUGUGUUUGAUAGUUUUCAUGUUGCUUUCCUUUGGAGUGCACUUGGUCUCCUUCCAUUAGAAAGCAACAAUCAAAUACUGAAACAUGGUCCUAAUCAGUACUUGAAUGAACUACACUCUAGAUCUUUUCUUGAAUAUUUUGUGGAUUAUGGAACUGGUUCUACUUUCAAACUACAUGGUCUUGUGCAUGAUUAUGCAAAGUCUGUUGCAAGAACAUACUCUCAAAUCAUAACUUCUAGCUUUGGAUCCCGCCAACGCUGGAAUGCUCGAAAUGCCUCUUUCCUAAGUAAUGAUGUCACCACCAUAUCCGCAACGGCUAGAACCAUACUAUUUCCCAUUGCCGGAGUGGGAGCUACUAGUAUAGAUUUCUUGAAUGCAUUGGCAUCAAGGUGCAAAUACUUGCAAUUUUUGGAUUUAAGUGACUCUACCUAUGAGACCUUACCUCAAUCCAUUGGUAACUUGAAGCAUUUAAGAUAUCUAAGUCUUGAAAAUAACAAAAGCUUCAAGAAACUUGCUGAUUCUAUUUGCAGGCUACACAACUUGGAAGUUUUGAUACUUAGUGGAUGUACCAAGCUUGAGGCAUUGCCUAAAGGUCUAGGAAACUUGAUCAGUCUUAGGCAUUUGGAGAUAACCACAAAUCUACAUUGUUUGCCAGAGGAUGAUACUGCAAGGUUGAGUUCACUUCAAACUCUAAGAGUUGAAUCAUGCAAAAAUCUUAAGUCUUUGUUUGCAAAAACAAGACUUCCAAGUCUUAGAGUAUUGGUUGUUUCUGGCUGUAGUAGUCUAAGGUCCCUGCCACUUGAUAUUGAACAUUUUCCUCUGUUAGAUACUUUGGUAGUUGAUAACUGUGACAAGCUAGAAUUAUCAGAGGGACAUAAUGAUCAAAAUUCCAAUUUGAGGUUAAAGAUUCUACAUUUUGUAUCUAUGCCAAAUUUGGUGACCUUGCCCCAGUGGCUUCAAGGAUCUAUGAAGACAUUUCAGUAUUUGUUGGUUUCAUGCUGCAUCAAUCUUGUGGUACUUCCUGAGUGGCUACCAACUAUGGUUUGUAUAAAAACAUUGUACAUCACAAAUUGUCCUAAUUUAUUGUCUCUCCCAAAUGACAUGCAUCGCUUUGCCACUAUUGAGAGAUUUGUAAUUGAUGGUUAUCCUGAAUUAUUCAGAAACACUCAGCUGCAAGUUGGUGAGUGUUCACACCAGCAAACAACCAUUGAUGAAACAGCAGAAAUAGAAGAUGUGGUAGAAGUAGAAUUGAAGUAA